UAAGUUUUUUGGAUCGCAUCUCACUCUCAACCCCAAAAUCUUGUGGAACCCCAAAAUCUUUCAAUUAACCCCUUCCCUCCUUCAUCGACCCUUCAACUUCCGCUUCACCAAACUCUCUCUCCCUCUCUCUAAGGGUUUGUGUAGAAAUGGAUGGGGAAAUGCAUACAAAUUGUUGGGAAUGAUAUCUCAUCAUAAAUGAGGGUUUGGUUAGAAAUGGAUGGGGAAGAGCAUAUAAAUGAGGCUCCUCUUUCUGAAGCUGAAAACAACAGUGUCGAGAACUUGGGAGGAAGUGAUCCUUUGGAUGAGGAGAAAAAUCUGGAAGAUGGAAAGCCGGAAGAGGAACAGUGUUCUGAACCUGUCAAGAAGGAUUUGGAAGUGGGUUUGGAGGUGACCGAGACGGUUCUGGUUUUGGAAGAGGGUGUGAGAGAAACAGUGCGUGCUGAGAAUGUUAGUGUUACUCUCAAGAAUGAGGAGAGUUCCAAUGGAAGCAUUACAAUUGGUAGAAGAGGUGUUAAAAGAGCCCGGAUUACUGUUGAUGAUGAUGACCAUCAACCUUCAGUUCAUUUCAGUUAUAAGUCCCUAACAAGAGCUAGUAAAAAUAAGCUUCAGGAAUUACUACAGCAAUGGUCCCAAUGGCAUGCUAAAAAUGUUUCCUCAUCAAAUGAUCCUAGUGAGGUGUUGGAAUCUGGUGAGGAGACAUUUUUUCCUGCUAUAUGUGUUGGACAUGAAUCAAAAUCUUCCGUGUCGUUCUGGAUGGAGAACCAGUCAAUGAAUGAUAGAAACAAAGAUGUUAGUCCAAUAGAUGGUAAUUCUGUUCCUCUAUAUGAUCGUGGAUAUGCUUUGGGAUUGACUUCAGCUGAUGGUUCAAAUAAUGCGGAUGAUGGUCUGAAAAUCAUAGACGCACCUUCCCGAUGUUUCAAUUGCGGUUCAUACAGUCAUGCUUUGAGAGAAUGUCCAAGGCCUCGUGAUAACGUUGCUGUCAAUAAUGCUCGCAAGCAACUCAAAUCCCAACGGAACCAGAGUUCUUCUUCCCGUAAUCCUACUCGGUAUUAUCAGGAUUCUUCUGCUGGAAAGUAUGCUGGUUUGAGGCCAGGUGCUCUUGAUGAUGCAACUCGUCAGCUCUUGGGCUUAGGGGAGCUUGACCCACCUCCGUGGCUUAACAGAAUGAGAGAACUAGGAUACCCACCAGGAUAUCUUGAUGAGGAUGAGGAGGAUCAACCUUCUGGCAUAACAAUAUUCACUGAUAAGGACAUGGCAGAACAAGAGGAUGGGGAAAUUAUCGGAGCAGAUUCUUCAAAGCCAAAACGGAAAAUGAGUGUUGAAUUUCCAGGAUUAAAUGCUCCUAUUCCAGAAAACGCCGAUGAAAGAUUGUGGGCUGCCAGGGCUGUAGUAUCCCCAAUCGCUAUAGAUAUUUCAAGGAACUGGUCACAACAGAGAUCAUCGAGUUUUGGCAGCCGAGGACAUCAACAUGAUCAGAGAAUAGGCGACUUGAGGGAUGAUGGUCCUCCAGGGGACCCAAUGCACAAUUCAUCACAUUUUAGUUUUCAACCUAGGUUUGGUAGUGGCCAUGUUUCUCCUAAUUCAAUGGCAGAUUGGAGUAGUGGGAGAAGUCCUAUGCAUGAGGAAGUGUCCCCAAAGCCUUUUUCAUUCCAUUCACUUCAUUAUUCAAACCCCGAGAGGCAUUUUUCACCGUUGGGACGAGAUUCUGGUAGCAGAUACGGAAACUUUAGCUCUGGAGGCAUGUAUGAUAGAGACAGAGACAGAGACAGAGACCGAGACCGAGAUCUUUCAUCUCAAUUUAACGAUAGGUGGUCAGGAGACCAUCACCAUCAUAGUCGGAGGUGAAGACUAAUGGAACAUGAAUCAAACAGGACCAUGUGUUAGUUCAGAUUAGCGCUCGUAGAGCAACAAACUUUGAAUGACUCAAUAUGAUAGAUAUAUUCUUUAGCGUUUCGCUACAUCGAAAAAGAGUGUUUCUAACAAGCCAAGCAUAUUGGUCGGUUGUGAAGAUACAUUUUAUCAUUUUCAUACAUUGGGAUUGCUUACCUUCACAUCUGUUAGGGAUAUGGUUUCUCCAGAGUUCUAAGCAAAUUCAGUGCUUUAGCCAUUUCUGGUUAACUUUGUAUGUACUGUAUUUUCUUUGUUUGUCCUUAGGGUGGGUUCAUUGCUUACUUACCUCUCAUUUACUUGUACAAUGGAUCAUCAGUUCUAGAAAUGUUUACUCUUCAAGUUAUGAAGACUAUGUUUAGACCAUGUUGUAGUUUUUGAUAUAUUUUUGCAAUAGAAUAUGGUUUUAUUUGUGAAA